AUGCCCAAGAAUAUUGUUCUAUGUUUUGACGGAACCAAAGAAAACUUUGGUCCACAGCCUUAUACAAACGUUCUGAAAAUAUACAGAUUACUAGAUACAACAAAUCAAGUUUGCUAUUAUCAACCAGGGGUUGGCACUGCCGCCACUUUUGAUUCUAUUGAUGACUUACAACGUUAUUUGACUCUUUCUACUUUGAAAAAUACUAUGGAUGCAAUGUUUGCAUUUUGUCUGGAUAAUCAUAUUACUUCCGCAUAUUUAUAUUUAAUGCAUCAUUAUAAACCUGGAGAUAAUAUAUAUAUGUUUGGGUUUUCUCGGGGUGCAUUUAUCGGUAGAGUACUUGCUGGAAUGAUUGAAAGAGUAGGUUUACUAAAUGAAGGGUUAGAUGAUAUGGUAGGUAUGGCAUGGAGAAUAUAUGAAUCAUGGGAAUAUGCAGAGCAACCAAGUCCAACAAGUUAUACAACUACUUUAAUUCAAGAAUUCAAAUUAAUUUUUAGUCGUGAUUAUGAAAUUAAAAUACAUUUUCAAGGAUUUUUUGAUUCUGUUAAUUCUGUAGGAUUUUUCAGAGAAAGACUAUUUCCGUGUACUCAAAGAAGUAAUAUUGUUCAACAUGUUAGACACGCUUUAUCGAUUGAUGAAAGAAGAGGUAAAUUUAAACAGGUUUGUUUUACACCAAAUCCUUAUAGGCCUGAAAUGUUUUCAUUACGAAAUAAGACAUUUCCUAAAAAGGAAAAUGAUAUGAUAUAUAGUGUUUACUCAACUUUAUCAACAAAUAGAUCUGAAACAAAUACAGAUAUUAAACGAUCACCCUUGUUUGAAGGUAACUUAUACAAUCCAAUUAUUGAUUAUACAAUUCAUAGAUAUAUUGGUUUAGCUAGAGGUUCAUCUCGUUGUGAAAUUUCAAGUGUUUCUGUAUUAGGAAGAGGGAUAAUGAAGCCAAAAUUAGAGAGGCAUGAAUUAUCACAUACUACAAGUGAUCAUUUAAUAAGGAAAGUUGAUUCUUUUUUAGAAAUAUCAAAUCCACAUGCAAACAGUUAUACAUAUUGUUCAAAAGAUAACGUUGAAGGUACAUUCAAAUUAAAUAGAAGUAUGUCAUAUUCAAUGUCUGAUUUGGCAUCUUUUGAUGAAACAGCUGCUUCAUUGACGUCGACUCAAACUUUAACUCCCGAUCUACAAGAAAAAUGGUUCCCUGGUGAUCAUUGUGAUAUUGGAGGUGGGUGGAUACCAGAUUGUAGAAGCCAUAAUUUUUUAUCUAAUGUUUCCUUAAGGUGGAUGUUAGCUGAAGCAAUUAAGAAUGGUGUAAAAUUUAAGCCAGGUGUCAUUGGCAAAUUUGCUAAAAAAUAUACUUCUUUGGGUUCAAUGUGUUGUUCAGCACAUGAUUAUUUGAAUUUUGAACCUUGUAAAUAUUGUAAAACAGGCCAAGAACAUCAUAUAAUACAGCCAGAAUUAUUAAUUAAUAAUCUUCAUAUUAAUCAUAAUUUUGUACAAUUACAAAGUGAUGGCUCAUUUGAUGAUGUUGACCUGUUUCGACCACCCGAACAACAAGAUAAUGAAGUUACUGUUACAACUAGUUCAAUGUUAAGUGUUCGUAACGUUUUUAAUUCAAAUUGUACUCAUAUUAGAAAAUUAUUGGCUGUAUUUUGGUGGUUGGUGGAAUUAUUACCAAUUGGAUUAAAGAUUGAAUCUCAAGAUGGUAAAUGGAGAAAUAUAUAUAUUCCAAAUUUAGGUAGGCCUCGUUGUAUUCCAUGUUAUGCAGAUAUGCAUUGGUCAGUAUAUUGGAGAUUGAAAUUUCAUAAUGAUUAUAGGCCAAUUAAUUUACCGCCUUAUGUAUAUGAAAUUAUGAAUCAUAAGACUUUGAAUAGUUCGAACAGUAUUGUAAGAUUUCAAUUAAAAUGGGGAUCUUCUAUAAAUGGGCAAGAUACUAGAGAUGAAGAAAGUACUUCAAUGAAUUUUUGUAAUAUGUCACCAGGUAGUUCGAAUAAUUCAGCGUUAAGUGAAGUUGAAAUUUUUAAUAUGUUAGGUGAUAUUAACUACCAUCAGGCAGUUGACAAUAUUUCAAGAUGGGAAAAAGAUAAUUGGUUAACAAUACCUGAUGAUCUAAGUGACUUGUUAGAAGACGAUCCCGAUCUUUGA